AUGAAUUCUUUUCCAGUAAAGGAAUUGGAAGGAGAGAGUCCAAAUUGGCUCGAACUUCCUACAGAUAUCACAACAAACAUUCUUCAAAGGCUUAACUCCAUUGACAUUCUCACAAGUGCAUGUCAAGUAUCUCCUUUAUGGUGGAACAUUUCUAAAGAUCCUCUCAUGUGGCGUACCCUUAAAAAUUGUGAAGAAGUCUCUGAUAAAGGAUUUAUCGAAUGUGUAAUGAAACUUCCUCUAUUAGAGGAGCUUAACAUUACAUACAAUGAACAACUCUCCAAAGAUUCAAUUGAAGUUGUUGCCCGAAGUUGCCCUCUUUUGAAAUCACUUGAAUAUGGCAGGAGUGUUGAUGAUGAGUACGUAGAAGACUAUAAUAAUGAGGCAUAUGCUAUUGCUGAAACAAUGCCUGGAUUACAUAAUCUUAAAAUUUCUGGAAUUAAUUUUAUCGAUAAUGAUGGGGUUCGUGCUAUUCUUGAUGGAUGUCCUCUCCUCGAAUCUUUCGACCUUUCAUAUUGUUUUAAUUUGUAUUUGACUAGAAGUUUACAGAUAAGGUGUCUUGAGCAAAUUAAGAAUGUUAAGCUUCCAUUUAUUUGUUCUUCAGAUGAUUGGGACUCUGAUAAUUGA